UUGGGCAGCGUAGGUGAAGGAGACAAGAGGCUGGUGUUGCGCAACCCGGGCUUGCGACGAGACGUUACGAGGCGAGGGCACGAAGCUGCCGCGCUAAACGUCAUACCUGGUCGCCCUUCUCAUUGGCUGCUGCGCCAUCAAGGGGCUGCCUCUCCACCUUGGCCAUGGAUUCUUACGUACAACUGCACAAAGAAUGCGUCCCAGCAAGCCAUACACACUUCUGUGAAUAUCACCAACAAGAGAACGUCUAGGCUAAGUCGGCAUACAUGCACAUAUGCCUUUUUCCCAAUAGCGCUGCCAAGACAUCAUCUGCCGACUCACUGCCAUGUGAUCGUCCGCAAACUCGAAAAGACCAUCUCCGCAGCCAAUGUGUCUCCAUGGUAA